AUGUUUGAAUCGUUCAGAAACUUUCACCUUUUAUAUCAAAGUCACUAUCAUUGCUAUAUUGAUAGAUACAACGGGACGAUUAACGGGAAGUUGAUACAAGAAGACAUGGAUCAAGAACAAAGUGUGGCGAAUGAUAUAAAUAAAAUUCUAAGGGGGAUUGCGUCCAUGUCGAACACGCUCGAAGAUCUGAGCAGCCGUGUACAACAUAUGGAGGAGGAGUUGCAAAAAAUUCAAAAAAAUCAACCUGAGUUUCCUCUUAUCUCAGAUGAGGAGCCCCAAGAGGAAACCUUCGUCCCACCCCCUUUCCCUGAGAAUAUUGAAGAUCUUGAUGUCUUUUGUGAGUGGGUGGCGAAUGUGGAAAAUUUUUUCCAGGAGAAUAUGAUCUCAGAGUAUAAACAAGUACCACUUAUAGUCGGCACAUUGCCAUCGGAAGAAGGGGGGGUUCUCUCAUGGUGGAAACAGAUCUAUGACCUAGACUAUCGUAUCGAUAAAUAUUAUCUGAUUAAGUGGAAAGAGAUGAAGAAGAUGUUAAUGGUUCGAUACCUUUCUCCAGAUUGUUUGGAAACCAACAAGGACCCUCCUCUUAAGAAUAUAGACUAACAAUGUAAGGGAGCGUUUGGAUCAAACUUUCCAAUUGACUGAUUUGGAAUUUACGCAAGGAAAUGGAAUUGCAUGUAUUUUGGAGUUUAAGGAGAUUGAAAUCCUUCUGGUUGUUUGGUUG